AUGUCAAGUGGAAAAGCGGUCUAUCUAUUCUUCUUACUGCCUACCGACUUUGGCCAACUGGCCGUGCAAAUACUUUCUGGGUUGACGGCCAAAUACCCAAGGAGGCAGUAUAUUUGAGGAGUGGCGCACCGUGCCAUUCACCUUUUAUUCAAACAGACUGCGCCAGUCGGGGGCUAGCGCCCGACCGUCGGCUCUCGCGUCCACCCAGUAUUUCGGUCGUUUUGUUGGUGAAAGUCCGACGGCCUUGUACUUAGUGAUCAUUUCCUGCUCGACUCGGUGAGCUGAUGGAGAGAGCGCAGUCGAAGUGUUCCCACAAGUACACGUCAGUCUACUUAUUAACCUCUCGUCGCUUGGAUUUCGUGAUUCUUAUUUCUAAUUCUGCUAUUUUUUUUUCUUCUGUGCCGCGUUCGAAAUGAUUUUGGCGAAAAAAAAUUACCGCCGGAGAGUGAAAAAAGAUAACAGACAUUUUGGAGAGUUAGAGAUUAUUUCGGAUUUCGCAAAAUCUUUUUGAACGCGACGUUAUGUUCGGUCUCUCAUCUCUCUCAUCUUCCGAAACUUUAUUAUAAAACAAAUUUUGGUCAAAAAACUUACAGUUUGUCAACUUAUGAACUUCUUAGUUUUGGAAACGAAAUCGCCUGGCGCUUUCUGCGAUCUCCGACUUUCUUUCUUUUUUUUUUAAUCAUAAAUAUAUCCAUUUUUGUUGGCUUUAACCAGCUGUGAAUCAGCUAUAUGAAUCAGUAUACUUUCUUCAUUUUCACAAAUGGAGAUCAUCUUUUGAAAACUGUUUUCUUGGUUGUUCAUAGGCGAAUCGAGAAAAGGUAUAGCGAUACCCUCUGAGGUAUAUCGCAGGGUCUGAACUUUAUCGAUGGUACCAUGGUACCUCGAGUAUACCUCUGAGGACUUUGAGCAAAAGAGAUGACGGGCAAAAUGAGAAAUGAGAGAGGUAUAUUGGAGGUCUCACGAUCCAUUUUGAGAGAUAUGUUUGUGGACACAUUAUGGUACCAUCCCGAUUCGCCUGGGAUUGUGUCGAAGAAGGUUUUUCUCGGCAUGAUAUUCUUUACAUGUUAAUAUGUAAUAUUGAAUUCCUAUUUUCCUUCGCACAAGGCAGCCCCAUGAUGAUAGUUCUAACAUCGUAGUUAAAACUGUUUGCUAUUAGAAUAGUUUGUAUAUAAAAACACAUUAUGUGAAAAAAAAAAAUGAAUUCAACACGUCACUUUACGAAAAAAAAAAGUGAGCGUUGCGUUUUGAAAAAAAACGCUGUUCCUGUUCAUGAAUUCUCGUUUUAAAGAACCCGGGCGCAUAAAGAGACGGAAUACCCGAAGAAUCCACUUUUUGGAUCUGAAUUCAUAUACCGGCUAUUUUCCGACAACUUAGAUAAAGAUUUGAAAGGAUUUCGUUUGAAAAAAAAGGAAGCUUUCGAAUUUUCGUGAACUUUUCGAAUAGGAGAGUUAUUUGGAAAAAAAAACAAAAAUGUUUUCGUUCAGGUAUGUUACUACGGCGAUGGAGACAAGUGGCUCUGCUACUUGCAGUCGUACAGUUCGCCGUGUCCAGCUGUGCCGAGGGUGAAGAGGAGGAACUAAACUACGAACUUGACGAAGGCGUCGUUGUUCUUACUGACAAGAACUUUGACGCCUUCCUCAAGAAAAACCCCAGUGUGCUCGUCAAGUUCUAUGCUCCUUGGUAGUACUCUCCUAAAAGUUUUCCGAUAACUAAAAAGUCUUCAGGUGUGGCCAUUGUAAGCAUCUCGCGCCAGAGUACGAGAAGGCGUCGUCGAAGGUCAGUAUUCCAUUGGCGAAGGUCGACGCGACUGUUGAAACGGAAAUCGCCAAGCGGUUCGAGAUCCAAGGAUAUCCUACUCUGAAGUUUUGGAAGGACUCUCAAGGUCCCACCGACUACGACGGCGGUCGUGAUGAACAAGGUUUUUUUCAUUAAACGAAGAAGAAGAUCCUUAAACUUUUAAAACCUCGCAAAAAACUUUUCAGCGUUAUAAUUUGCACAUUGCAAAAUUUGAAAAAAAAAUUUCACAAAUAAAAGCAGAAAGUUUUUUUCUAUUAUACUUCUUUCUGACUGCGACUGUUUCAGGUAUCGUGGAAUGGGUUCAAAUGCGCGUGGAUCCGAACUACAAACCGCCGGCCGAGGAAGUCGUCACCCUCACCACUGAGAACUUCGACGAGUUCAUCACCAACAACGAACUGGUUCUUGUCGAGUUUUAUGCUCCUUGGUGAGUUUUAUCGUGCUCAGAAAUCGGAAGAAUAUUUUUAUUUUAGGUGCGGACACUGCAAGAAAUUGGCCCCGGAGUAUGAGAAGGCCGCUCAGCGUCUGAAAGCUCAGGGGUCAAAGAUUCGGCUGGGGAAGGUGGAUGCGACCGUCGAAAAGAAACUCGGCGAGCAGUACGGCGUUUCUGGUUACCCCACGAUGAAGCUUAUUCGUCAUGGAAGGAGGUCGGUAUAUCCGCGAUUCGUAUUAAGUUUUCUCUAAACUUGUUCCUGAUGCGAAGUUUAUUUGAGAGGCCAAGAAGAAAAAGCAAGUUUUAAUAUAAAAAGAGGCAUCAAAUUCAGUACUCAAGAGCAUCGAUAUUGUUGCUCGCCUCUUUCUGUGACCUCGUGAACUCCUUGAGCUAUAAUAUCUCUCUCUCUCUCUCAAAAGUUUUCUUCAAAAUAAUUUUUCUUUCAUUUGAAGCAUUUCAUCAUAACAGUCAGAAACGAACCAUAAAUGUUUUUUGAAUGUUAAAUCUAUAAGACAGCGAUAUAUUUAACAAAAGUUGCGGUGCGACACGCUACGAACUCUCGGUGUACCCCGCAGUGUAACCAGGGGGCAUCCCGUUUAGCUUUAAAUGUCUAUUAAGGUACUUCUUUCGUACACCGUUUCGAAGUGGUUUGUUUCCUAAUAUCACGAUAGCUCAAAAAAACUUUUUAUUUCCGACCGGUCGCCCCAGGGGUGCAUGCCAUCCAGAUCCAACGCGGGGUGCACCGAAAAAACAAAGAAAAGUAUUUUUUUCGGGAUUCUGCGGGGUACACCUUCAUUUUUUUUUCAGAGAUAAGAGCGACACUUUUACGAGAUUAAUGAACUUUCGAUUUAAAAAAAUUUUUGCGGAAAAAAUUUGAUAAAUAAAUUAUUUUUUUCGAACGUAAGCUGAAAUCAGUGUUCUUCUUCUUCUUCUCUUAUACCGCUUGAGCGGCGUCGUCGCCACAAGUCGAUUAGCCGAGGUCCUAUCUUGAUAUCAAGCUGAAGUUAGUACGCACUGGAAAUAACUGUAGAGUAUAAAAGUCAGAAAGCGCACGCCGAGAGGGAAUGAAAUAAAAGUUGAAUUUGCUAAACAUUUUUUCUCUCUAAAGGCGUGUUCGCCAAAAUUUAUUUGAAAAAGAGUUUAGCCUCGACAAUAAUCCUUACUUUGGACUUGAAAACCGCUGCAAUACUGCCUUCGCUGAAAGUAAAACUCGAGCCUCCUUCAGAUUCGAGUACAAAGGACCGCGAGAAGCUGCCGGAAUCGUCAAGUACAUGCUGGAACAGUCGAAACCGGCUGCCCGCAAGCUCGAAAGCGCCAAAGAUGUCGAGCGCUUCAUGGAUAAGACCGACGUCACUAUUAUUGGAUUUUUCGCUUCGGAUGACUCAACAGCUUUCGAAGCCUACAGUGAUUCUGCUGAAAUGCUCCGAGAGGUUUUUCUUUUUCCAUUGUGAAACGUGUCUGUUUGCAUACUGAAACUAACCAGGAACAUAAUGAGUUGACGAAAAGUUAAAUGUAAAUGGGAAGUACUGAGGUAAGUAAUAUAGAGAGGUUAGGCAAAACUUGAGAAGUUUACAUUGAGAUUGAACAAUACAUUCAGAGUUUGGAAACCGAACUCAAGAGAAAACUGUUCAAAGAAACAUACAAAGCUCUUUCAGGAGUUCAAAACUAUGGGCUACACGACGAACUCGGCUGUCUUCAAGAAGUACGAUGCGAAGCCGAACGACGUCAUCAUUUUCUAUCCAUCGCUGUUCCAAAGCAAAUUUGAGCCGAAGAGCCGCACUUUCAACAAGGUCCGCUUUUUUGUGGGAAUGAUUGACGUGGCUUGGUUGCAGGCCGGUGCCACCGCCGAAGACCUUCUCACUUUCUUCCGCGAACAUUCCGCGCCUCUCGUCGGCAAGAUGACCAAGGUUUUCUCUGCCUCAUCACGCGAUCUCAUCUUCUCUGAAACAGGCUAACUCGGCCACGAGAUACACUAAGUUCCCACUUGUUGUCGUUUACUACAACGCUGACUUCUCCCUGCAGUACCGCGAAGGCAGCGAAUUCUGGCGCCAAAAAGUUUUGGCCGUCGCCCAAAAGGUUUUUCCUUUUUCUUCUUUUGUGUGUCUUUUUACUUGAAUGAGAAAAAAAACUUCUAACUUAAGUAAAAAUGGCUAACUUUCAUAGUCGAAAAAGAAGAUUUAUUCAUUUCCUUUUGUUGCAGUACCAAAAAGACAAGUAUCGAUUCGCUGUGGCUGAUGAGGAAGAAUUCUCCAAGGAACUUGAAGAAAUCGGUCUGGGCGACUCCGGACUGGAGCACAACAUCGUGGUGUUUGGAUAUGAUGGCAAGAAGUACCCGAUGAAUCCUGAAGAAUUUGACGGCGACCUCGAUGAGAAUCUCGAGGAGUUCAUGAAGAAGAUCAGCAGUGGAAAAGCCAAGGCGUACGUGAAAAGCGCGCCUUUGCCGCGAGACGACAAAGGUCCUGUGAAGACGCUCGUCGGAUCCAACUUCGACAAGAUCGUCAACGACGAAUCCAAGGAUGUACUCGUCGAGUUCUAUGCUCCGUGGUGCGGACACUGCAAAGUUAGCGAGAUUGGAAUAUUGUUCACUCCUUUCUAUUGCAGUCUUUUGAACCCAAGUACAAGGACUUGGCUGCGGCGCUGAAAAAGACGGAGCCGAAUCUGGUACUGGCAAAGAUGGACGCCACGGCCAACGACGCUCCAGCGCAGUUCGCUGUUGAAGGGUUCCCCACAAUCUACUUUGCUCCGAGCGGGAACAAGGUCUUCGUUUUUUCUGACUUUGGUAGCGUCGAAGUCGUUGAGUCUGGAAGCCAAUCUUCGAAAAGAAAUUUUUCCUACUAAUCAUAUUUUGAAGAAGUUAUAAUCAUGAAAAAGACAGAGAAUUUUUUCUUUAAGAAAUUAUAGAAAAGGACACCAUAAGAAUUUUUAAUAAUUAUUUUUUACCACGUGCGCCGUUUCGAGUCUUAUAAGUGGCUGAAGGGCGACUCUUUAUCAGCAUUUUUCCCUCAUUGCAUUGAAUCAAAAUGGUGAUUAUUUUUUUGGUUUAUAUUUUCAGCGCAUGAUUUUUGAAAUUUAAAAAAACAAAAGGAAAUUGACAAAUAAAACUGUCAAAUUAGAUUAGAAUUCUAGGAUUGAAUUAAGCAAAGCUGCGAGUGAAUUCUCCAAAGUAUCAUUGUAGGGCGAGCCUAUGAAAUACAACGGAAACCGGGAUCUGGAUCACUUGAAGGACUUCUUGAAGAAACAUGCCGUGAAAUCCUUCCAAUCAUCCGAAAAGAAGGAGGAGCUCUAA